CACCUGAAAGAAAGCUUUUUUUUUUUUGCGAGACAUCCACUCCGACAGAGAUGGUUGUUCCUCCUCCAAUCAGGCCACCUACUGUUACGAAGUUUCUAAAGCCUUAUGUCCUGAAAAUGCACUUUACAAAUAAAUUUGUAACUGCUCAGGUCAUCCACUCGCCAACUGCCACUGUAGCCUCUUCCGCAAGCUCUCAGGAAAAGGCCUUGAGAGAAAGCUUGGAAUCACAUCGGGAUGUUGCUGCUGCUGCAAAGAUUGGGAAGAUAUUAGGUGAGCGCCUGCUGCUCAAGAGCAUCCCUGCGGUCGCAGUCCACUUGAAGAGAGAACAGAAAUAUCAUGGUAAGGUUAAAGCUGUCAUAGAUAAUGUGGUGGAAGCAGGUGUUAAGCUACUUUGAUCUAGAAGCGCAGGUGAACAAGGAAAAUUGCUAGAGUUUGCUUUUGCAACCGUAGUGUGUAUCACUUAUGUCUUGUUGUGGUCAUGAACACAUCAAAAAAAUCUACUCUUGAUGCAAUGUACAUUUCUUCUAUUUCAGGUUGAAUACUGAUUUUGAUUCCCAUUAUAUAUUUUGUGGGAAUGCUCGUUGUUCUAACGAUAUUAAUGAUCAAAAUCUAAGGUUGGUCAAUUGCU